UGGCGAUGUAUACACGACUUCGUCCUUGCAGCCCCAUCACGGCGAGCAUACAGCAUUCACCCGCAAUGCGUGGAAAAUGCCGUGUUCACCAAGGUCAACGGCCCCGACUAUGAAGCUUGAGUAAACUCCCUCAUUGUGACUCUUGAUCGCGAUAGCCUAUGCAUUCGUGCCACCACUACCACCACCCACUGCAGCACUUUCUCCUACCAUUCGCCGCUUCCUUGUUAUCUUCCUUCUUGACCGACUCUGGCGUCUCCUUCGAGGUGGCCUCUGCCGCCGCCUCCGCCACGACAGCCGCCCGGGGCUCGCAGACAAGAUCGCGGAAGGGGUUGUAUCGAAGAAUCCGCUCCUAGACAUCGAGCAGGAGGGAUGGAUCCGGCGCUGCAUCGAUCUCACCCGGAAGGCAGACGUAGGGAAAGGGAUAUUGGUCCAGCGUACCUACGAGCUCCAGCAGCGACUC